GAAAAUGACACAAUUUGGUUACGCAUAACCAAUUUCCAGCGUCAAGAGAAUACCUAUGAGAAGGCAGCGCCGCAUCACCACAAAAGCUGUGUAGCCGACGCCUUGACCAUGACUGGAAUCGUAUGUAAAGCACGUUGGCGGGUCUAAUCAGCGGAACACAAGUGACCCUAAGAGGACCUUGGGGCUACAGUUUGAGAGCAGCGCAUAAUCCUGCGCAUAGCCUCAAGUUAGGAACAGUGUCGAUGCUGAUGAUGAUAGUUAUGAUGAUUCCUUUAUUUGGGCACGUACCCACCACAGGGGAUUUGCCGAGGAUCGCGGGCAUAAUUAAAGCAAACAGUGAUUAUACGAAGAAACAAAGGACAAUAUAAUUAUUAAGAAAAGAAAUAAAAAAAAAGGAAUUGUGCUGCAUCGGUGAAAGACGAAACAGUUUGAUUGAUUGCGCAUUCUCCUUUGCGUAGCAGAAGCUGAAGAAGUUAGCUCGCGUGCUCUAGCACGAGAUCGUUUCGUGUUCGAGGAGAACGCAUCACUGCGGACGCUUUUCGGGUCCCAUUCAACCAAACCGCGUAGCGAAAAGGAUAGAACCAUGCCCCGACGUCAUUCUCCCGCGGGCAUUGCGGCGGAACGCGCGUCGCCGGCAGCGCCAGCGACCAGCAGCGGCUCUUCACCGACCAGCCCGGUGCGGCAUCGCUGGUCAGUGGAGGUCGUCCCACCGCCAGCCACGUCACCACUGAGCAGCAGCGGCAACUCUCGCAGUCCGCAGCAUCACCUCCCGCCGGGUUCCGAGACGACCAAGUCACUGCCGCCGUCCGACGUCGCACCCUCGGCUGCGACAGCAGUCACCGGCGGCAGAAACAGAGCUAGGCCUCUUCCUCCUGCGAGCACUCUACGUCCGCAGACGACGGAGCUCCUUACGGCUGCCUCUCCAACGGGCAGGGAAAACGGUCCCCGUGUCAUCCUGCCGUACUACCUACGCCGCGGGUGGGGAGGCGCCAGGACUACGGCGCCGAUGAAGAAGGCGUCGGUGAUUACGAACCGGGCCUGCGCUCAGAGGUCGCGAGAGCACCAUUCGUCCGUGCUGUUGGACGAGAGCGAGGAGAAGAAGAACAGAGAGGGUAAACAGACCGAGCCCACCGUCGAUGCCUCGCGUCGGUCGAGCCAACGAGGACAUCGAGGCAGCAUCCCCAGUGCCGCCAAGAGCAGCACGUCUACCUCCAGCUUCCACCCGGCACGCCGCAGGGCUUCGUCGGGACAGAGCGUCCUGAGCGAGGAGGUCAUGGAACGGCUCCACUCCCUCGCGGUCGAAGGCGCCGACAAAAAAGUGGACAACGCCAGGUGCCGCGACGCCCCCUGGAGGGCCUUUGCCACGUGCGCCCUCGCUGUCGUCGUUCUUGUCGUCGUCCUAGGCGCGUACAUCGCGAGCCACUGGUCGUCGAACGCCCAGAGGCUCGGGCACGACUCGUCCUGCAACAGCGCCGGUUGCCAGCUGCUGGCGAGCAAGGUGAUCAACCGCCUCGACGCGAGUGUUGACCCUUGUGACGACAUCGAGGCCCACGUGUGCGGUCUGGUCAGGUGGGAGAGCGACCUGGUCACCGACACGGCCACCGAGGUUCUGCGCGUCUGGAUGCAGCGAGGCGCCGUGCACCUGGAGUCCAAGAAGAGGCCGGACGCGGCGUUCUCCCUCUACCACGCGUGCAUGGCUCCAGCCGAGGAGAGCCUCUCCGAGCUGAAGGCUUUCAUGCGGGACAGGGGUCUGCUGUGGCCCACGUACGGCGGGUCCCAUCUCCCGGCGCUAUACGUACUCCUCGACCUUCUCAUCAACUGGGGCGUGCCGUUCUGGUUCGAGCUGAGCCUGCGUCGGCUGCCCAACGACACGCGGUACUCCCCCCUGUUAAAAAUUAUAGCAGCAUGCUAG